AAACUACAAACACAUGCUUGGUCUUUUGUUAGGAGGCAUCUGCAUCUGCAUCAUACCUCUCUCCUCUCAAAAGAGUCCCAAACUCACACGUGCAUGAUAUUUUACUUACAUUUUAAGAUUUAAGAGAACAUAACUUUUCAAAAAUGAAAUUACUCACGCACAACAUGCUCUCCUCCCGGUGCAUUAAGGGUGUUUCAGUCGGAUAUCCUUUGAAAAUUUCGGCUAAAAACGUCAGGCUUGUUAACUGUGAUUUUGACACGGAUUUUACCGUCAGAAUCAUUCAAAAGUUAGAUUGGAAUGCCUUAUGGGAAGCAGCUGAAAGCGUUGGACAUGCUGAUGAUAUUCCCAAAAAUUUGUCAGAUAUUGACGACUAUGAUAAAAAUGAUGAAUUUUUGAGAAAAGUUCAUCACGUUGUCUUGGAGGUUGAAGUCAUUGAGGGUGAACUUGAGUGUCCAGAAACAGGCAGAAAGUUUCCUAUUGAAGAUGGGGUGCCCAACAUGCUUUUGAAUGAAGAUGAAGUUUAGUUUAAGGAAUCAUGGAAAGAAGACUAAAAAGUUAAAGAAUUUUUUUUUAUUUCGCUACAUAAACCUCUUAUUUUGAUAUCACCAUUGGUGCACAUCAAACAAGAUAAUUCGCCGACACUUAUAUUUAAAAAAAAAAAACGUCAAGUGACUAGAGAAACAUUACAUUCUAUGCUUCUUUGGAGUAUUGUUAAGUUGAUUUGAUUCAGAUUCAGGUUGGCAUUUCUUUCGACAAAAAUAUAUAUGGCAUUUUUUUCUA